AUGGCAAACGAGGACGUUGCCGGUGUCCAGGUCUACAAAAUACUAGUCGACAGUCUCCUGGAUCGCGCCGCGCAGGUCAAGGCCGACAAGCAGAUUGAACCCCCUUUGACCGAAACACACCUGGGUGAAUCGAUAUGGCAAUUGGGAUCUGAGGAUAUCAAGGCUACAAAUCAUUUAAGCCCGCAGACCAAGGUUGCAGCUGUGGAAAUCGCGUUUCGCGAGAAGUUCUAUCGCGUCUUGGCUUCGACUUCCAUCGAUGAUCCUGCUUUCAUUCAAAUCUGGAACCUCCUUGACAUUGUCUCAAUCUUCUCUGAUAAUGAACAAUGCGAACCCGGUCUGAUUUUCUGGCUCAUUGAAGAGCUCUUGGAUAGUCAAACCAUCAAUGGCUGCCGCAAGGUGUUUGACUACUUAGAGUCUCGAAGGGAAAGGAACACCAAGAAACAUUUCAAACAGAAAAGCUUAGUUAUUCUGCGAUCAUGUAACGAACUUCUUCGCCGGCUCUCACGCGCAGAAGACACAGUAUUCUGUGGCCGGGUGUUUAUCUAUCUUUUCCAGAGUUUCCCACUGGGAGACAAGAGUUCGGUUAACCUUCGUGGCGAGUUCCACUCUGAGAAUGUUACGACUUUUGACGAAAUUGCGAAAGGGUCUACCGAGACGCAGGAGCAGGAUACAACAAUGACUGAAAGUACUGAACCCGUAGCACCUGGAGAGGCAGAGGCAGGCCAGGCUGAGACCCCUUCUCAGCAAACGUCGAAAGUGCCCAAGGUUCUUGUUUCUACGGGUGAUGAGAAUAAAUCAGACGAUGUCGACUUGGAUGCUCUCUAUCCGCUUUUCUGGAGUCUUCAGGCCUAUUUCUCCUCACCGAGCAAGAUGUUCGAUGCUGAACGGUUCACAUCAUUCAAGACUGGAAUGGAAGCGACGCUGGCUGCCUUCAAGAACAUCAACACUGAGAUGGAAAACGAGAGCUCUGCUAGAGCCUCGGAAGAUGCCCGCAAGUCAAACAAGCGCAAACGCAUCGUGGAUGGUACUGAGGUCGCCACUAGCUUCAACCCGAAGUACUUGACCAGUCGGGAUUUGUUCGACCUCGAAAUCAGCGAUACUGCCUUCCGACGACAUGUUCUUGUCCAAGCCCUCAUUCUUCUCGACUUUCUGCUUUCUCUCACAUCAAAAUCCAAAUCACGUCUAGCCGAUACGACGAACAAGUCCGUUCUCUACGGGUUCACCUUGAACGAAGAGGAUACCAAGUGGGCGACUAACAUGCGAAAAGGCAUCGAGGAAUAUCUGCAGCAAGGGCCCGGAGGCAAGUUCUACUAUCGCAUGGUGGAUACGGUCCUGUCUCGAGACAAGAACUGGGUGCGGUGGAAGGCCGAGGGCUGUCCGUUGAUUGAACGACCGGCCAUCUCGGCGACGGAGUAUACGGCUUCCCGCGAGCAUGCCACCAAAGCGUAUGCCAACAAACGUCUUCGUCCGUCCCCGAUGGGCUCUCUCGAUUUGAAAUUCCUUGCCGACACGGAGGCGCUGGCCAAUAUUGAGCGCCUCAAAGAGCCUGACCGAUACAGCGUUCCUUCCGCAGACUCGUUCUUGAAGGGGAUUAUGGAUGAUGAGAUGGACAUCGAUAUGGCGAUGACUGAUGAGGACAAGGCGAUUGCGGAAGGUGCUAAAGCCAGCAAGUCCUGGCGUAUCUUACGUCUUGCUGCGAAGGGAAAGCUCGCUGCAUUCGACAAAAUUGGAGAGGGCAAUCUACAGGUUUUGUUCGAAGGUACUACAGCGAGUGAGGAUAACAAUGAGAUCAGUUCCUCUGGUGAUGUCAAGGAUCUUCCCCAGUCUCUUGAUGGUGGUCAGGACCUGCCUGUUGAUUCAGAAGAGCCCGUUGAGGACAAACAGCCGACUGAGGGUGAGGUUGCUGAAUCCGAAGAACCUGUUGAGGGCAAAGUCGACCCAGCUGGCAAAUCUGGAGGUGCACAGGGUUUGCCCCAGAGCACGGAUGACCAGGAAAUGCAAGUUGAGAACAAAGACGUCAUCAACGAAGAACAAGCCAUAAGCACCGAUCACAAUGAAGAGGCACUUGCCGCCGCUAGCGCCUCGAAAGAGAACUCUGCCACCUAA